AUGUACGAGAAACCUGAUGUGCAAGCCUAUUGGGAUGUACCGGUUUACGCUGACAAUACGUGUGUUAAGGCUAACAGAGUGAAUCCACAGUUCGUGGAUCAUAAGGGAAAGAAAGUCAGGGCAGUGAAAAUGAGUUGUCCGUGGGUGGAGAAUCGUGGAAAGAAGGAUGAGGAGAAGACAGUCAAGUACAGUCCUCUGCGAUGGGAGUUGAGGAAACGGUACCUAAGGUACAACAUCAACCAGUGUAAUAUUUUCAUUGAUUUGCUAGGAGGGUGGUCAAAGGAACUUGAAAUGACUGUGAAAAAGCUCGUUGGAUGUGUUGCAAAGAAUGCAGAAAGCCUUAAUCUCGUGCUCGCUCAACUUUCAAGGGAACUGUUGUUUAAAUGUUUAACUGAACUUACAAACGUAUUAGGACCAAAUAAAAAUAAAUAUGCCGGAAACGCCAGAUACAGAACAGACCUGAAGUUGGCUUAAAACGUCUGAUUUAAAGGUUCAAACGAAAUGUCCUUAUCUUUGCCGCCCAGGAACAGACUCUUAGGACUAUGUAAUUAUGUAAAACAUCACAUUGACUGCAGAGUCACCGUUGUUUAAAGAGAGAGAGUGUGUGUCAGCUUGUAAGUAAGUGUAAAAAGUUGGCCCAGAAGGAAUAUAAAUUAACGGCGUGAUAAUGUGGCAAAUAUUAUGCAGUCUACAUUGGAAUAUAUCUGCGUUAUACCAGCUGGAACGGAAGGAAAAAUGGUAUGAACAUGUGCCGUGGUGCCAUAAGGGGUUGUGAGGAAUUACGAAAUGAAGCUGCUUUGGGAUAUGAACAUCCAGUGUGAUAACGAUAUUGAGGCAAGAAGGCCUGACACUACGAUAGUGAGCAAGAGGGAGAACAAGUGGAUAUUGUUUUACCGAGAAGCCGUAGAAUACACGACAAGGAGUUUGAAAAAGUUGAAUAAUAUCAGGAUUUAACGAGAGAAAGAAUGUGGGGUGUAAAAAACGUGGACCUGGUACCUGUUGUUGUAGGGGCCCUUGAAAUUGUUACUAAGAAACAUGAAAAAAUGGAUCGAAAAAUUGAGGGUUAGGGUUAAGAUUGGACUGCUACAGAAAACUACGCUACUAGGAAAAGCCAGGAUUCUAAGCAGGGUGCUAAGAUUGUAAGUACCAGGAGAGUGUCCCAAUGGACCCCUGGUCAUUUUUUCCAGAAUUAUGCCUGUUUUUAAAUCCGAUGAUGAGACGGACCCAAAUAAUUAUAAACCUAUAUCUUUAUUGUCAAACUUCAACAUUCUUACUCAUUAGUUUCUACUUUGACAUUAUUUAUUACUUUGUUUAAUUUUUUCGUCUAUAUCGUGUUAUCUGGUCCUCAUCCAUAUUACAAUUUUUAUUUCAUUUAUUCGUAAACUGUAAACUUUUCUUAGCUAGCCUUAGUCUUAAUUUCAUAAUUCGCUCGCAUUGUCCCGCCUGAAAUAGCCUUAAUAGCAGUGGGCAAUGCUUCUGUAAUGUUAUCUGUUUAUUAAUAAAGUUUGUUGACUAGCUCCCUUGGGAUGUGUAUCGGCAUGACAACAGGCAGAGCUCAGAGCCGAAUAGACAGUAAUAAUAAUAAAAACAAGACAAGAAAAAAUCGAAAACAAGAAACUGGAAAAACCAUAUCAAGAUUUGAAAAGAGAGGUGAAUAGUGUAUGGAACUGUAAAUCAGUUGUGCUCGUACGAAUCGUCAUUGGUGCCCUCGGAACAGCCAGCAAACGAUUCAAUCUGUAUCCAAAGAAAAAAGGAUUUGACGGAAGUAUGCAGUCGGUACAUAAAGCUUGUUUUCUCCGUUUUUCGCGC